AUGGAAACUGGCAUUGAUAUAGACCCAGAUAACCCAAACAACAAUGAUACAAACAACCUGAUGGAUUUAGAGUGCAGCAUAGACACCAGUGAUAUACAGACAGAACCCAAAGAAUACAAUUACAGCGACGCACAAAUUGCAAAACUACUAGACACAAACGGCGACAUUUACCAACUGCAAAUCGACACCCUGUCCUUGACAAGGAGAGGGUCAACAAAAACACAAAACAAGAACAACCCAUUAAUGCAUGACAGUACACAACAAAAUUUGGACAAUUCACAAACGGACAAUGGCAGCGACACUGACCUAGAAAACUUAACACAAAAAACGCCUCCUCAAACAGACCGAAACCGGCCCAAUGCGAACACUCUAGAUGAACCAAACAAUACCCCUGACUACAAUACUGACAAAGAGACUGACAAUACAGAAACACCCUCUUUGACAUACAGACUACUCUCUACUAUCCCGACGCAUCUACACACAACUUUUCAAACCCUAAACAACCUAAACGAAAAACAAAUUAAGACGAAAACAACACUGGAAAACCUCACAACCCAGAAAGCGGACGGAAUACUACCCAGCAACUUAAAAAAAAAACGGACUGCCACAUCAUACCAGACAAAGACCUCCGGAAAUGCUGG